ACUGGUAUAGAGUGACACUGCAGUGGAAGUCGGUGGCCUUGCUCCAAAUCGGCCGUGAGGAGGACAACCAGAAGAGACUCCAAACCCAACUGUACACGGAUAUCCGAAGUCAGGCUUUCACGGUUCUCGUUCCUGAGUAUAGCAGUAGGCCUCAACGUCUUUGCGCCACCAGUCUGCUAAAUGACUGCCCAUCGUCUUGUCGCGCGCGCUUCAACCGCCCUGUCGAGGACUUCUACUAGAUCGUGGGUUGAUGCACCGGUUUGUCUGCGGACUGGCAGUCUCGCCAAACUUCUAGGCCGUCACAAGUCGGGUCUCCUUACGGCGGGUCGAGGCGUCAAGUCUUCGGGGAGAAGCAACUUCCAUACUACCGCGCCGAAUAUGCUGGCAUCGCAGCCGAAAAGUGACGGAAACGGGACAGAAGCUAGUUCGGGGCAGUAUGGAACAGGAAGUCCGCUCGUCUCCACCUCGUGGCUAGCCGACAACCUCGACAAAGUGGUCCUUCUCGACGCGACGUGGUACCUCCAACCAGGCCCCCCAGCAGCAAUGGGUCCGGACGAACAAUGGGCUUACGAGCAAUCGCACAAGAAGCAACCUGUUCAAAAGGACGCGCGGAAGGAGUUUGAGGAGAGACAUAUCAAGGGAGCGCGCUUUUUCGAUCUGGAUAAGGUCUCUGAUCAGCUUAGCUCGUUGCCGCAUAUGUUGCCUACCCUUGAGGAGUUUGAAGAGCACGUCAGCGAGAUGGGGAUCAAGGAAGAUGAUCAUGUUGUUGUAUACGACGGUCAAGGCAUCUUCUCGGCGCCCAGAGUUUGGUGGACGUUCAAGGUCUUUGGACACAAGAAUGUGAGCGUCUUGGACGGAGGUCUACCAAAGUGGCUCAAAGAAUCCAGACCUGUCGAAUCGGCGCUACCACAAAUAACGAAAACUUCAUAUAAAGGCGAAUUCGAUGAGGAGCUGGUGAUCAACUACCAAGACCUCCUCCUUCACCUGUCGGACUUUAUGUACUCGAAGAAUUUCACUAUCCUCGAUGCAAGACCUCGGGGGAGAUUCGCAGGCCAUGCCCCAGAACCACGGCCAGGCCUCCCAUCCGGCCACAUCCCAUCAUCCAUCAACAUCCCUGCAGCUGAACUCGUCGACCCUACGACAAAGCAGAUGAUCCCACGGAAAGAGAUCAUCCGCCGGCUGUUUGUGGAGAAUGUGAAUUUGGAUAAACCAAUUGUUACCAUGUGUGGGAGCGGCGUGACUGCAGCCACGCUGUUCUUGGCGUUGGAUUUCAUCGGAAAGAAGGGCGAUGUGAAACUGUACGAUGGGAGCUGGACCGAAUGGGCGGCGAAGAAGGAUAGCCCUGUGAAGGCUUGGAAAUAGGGGCGUAGAGAAGGAGUAGCUUGUAGUACAUAGGAGAGCAUGGAGGCGUACAUAGGAUCAAAAGGCAGGGU